AUGACGCCCGAGCGCAAGGAGAAGGCGCUGCUCGCCGAGCUCAACAACGGCCGCCUCGCGAUGAUCGGUCUCUUCGGCCUCAUCUCCGCCUCAAAGGGCCUGAUUGUGCCCGGCCUCGACACGCUCGGCAUCGCGCCGUACGCGGGCGAGGAAGGCCCGGGGGCGAUCCUGUAA